AUGAGAGCGGCGAGGGGGAGCGGCCCAUGGGCGCUGUCGCUGUCCCUGGUGCUGGCCGUGGGGUGCGCGGCGCGCAGCGCCGAUGAGCCCAGCAACAUGUCCUACGUGAAGGAGACGGUGGACAGGCUGCUGCACGGCUACGAUAUCCGCCUCAGGCCUGACUUCGGAGGUCCGCCCGUCGACGUGGGCAUGCGGAUCGAGAUCGCCAGCAUCGACGUGGUGUCUGAAGUCAACAUGGACUACACCCUUACCAUGUACUUCCAGCAGUCCUGGAGGGAUAAAAGGCUCUCUUAUUCUGGAAUACCUCUAAACCUAACUCUGGACAACAGAGUAGCUGACCAGCUCUGGGUGCCUGACACGUAUUUCCAAAAUGACAAAAAGUCUUUUGUCCAUGGAGUGACGGUGAAGAACCGAAUGAUUCGGCUCCAUCCAGAUGGGACAGUCCUUUAUGGCCUACGGAUUACAACAACAGCUGCUUGCAUGAUGGAUCUACGAAGAUAUCCUCUGGAUGAACAAAACUGCACACUAGAAAUUGAAAGUUAUGGAUACACUACUGAUGAUAUUGAAUUUUACUGGAAUGGAGAGUCUGCAGUAACUGGAGUUAGUAACAUUGAGCUCCCACAAUUUUCUAUCGUUGAUUAUAAGAUGGUAUCAAAGAGAGUGGAGUUCACAACAGGAGCGUAUCCUCGGUUAUCACUUAGCUUCCGGCUUAAGAGAAAUAUUGGUUACUUCAUUCUGCAAACAUAUAUGCCUUCCACGUUGAUCACAGUUCUGUCAUGGGUAUCUUUUUGGAUCAAUUAUGAUGCCUCUGCAGCCAGAGUUGCUCUUGGAAUCACAACUGUGCUGACCAUGACCACCAUCAGCACCCACCUUAGGGAGACACUGCCAAAGAUUCCCUAUGUCAAGGCAAUUGAUGUUUACCUGAUGGGAUGCUUUGUGUUUGUGUUUCUGGCCUUGCUGGAAUAUGCUUUUGUAAACUAUAUAUUCUUUGGGAAAGGACCCCAGCGUCAAAAAAAGGCAGCAGGCAGAGAGACAGGCAAGAAGAGCAGACUGGAAACACAUAGGAUCCAGGUUGAGCCCCACGGAGACAUGCUGCUUAGCACACUCAGCAUAAGAAAUGAUGUCAGCAGCUCGGAUGUGUUCUUGAGCCGCCGUGUUGCCCAAGGCCCCAUGUUCCCCAAGGCCCACACAUCUGACGGUGCUGGCCAGCAACACAGAAGGGCCCUCUCUGGUAGGGCACCCUACAGCAGGAGUGCACUGGACAGGCGUAGGCUUCAUCAGAAAGGGCACUUGCGAAGGAGGGCAUCCCAGAUCAGAGUCAAGAUACCGGACUUGACUGAUGUCAACUCCAUAGACAAGUGGUCCAGGAUGGUCUUUCCCGUCACAUUUAUUCUUUUCAAUGUUGUUUACUGGCUGUAUUAUGUACAGUAA